AUGGACAUGUCUCUUCCUCUGCCCAGUAGCUGUGCACGGGAGCAGUGGAACUAUCUGAGCUCUGAGUCAGAGCUGGACAGCAUAUCUUCUCCUGAGACCAUAUCCCCAAGCUCCUGCAUGGACUUCAACUUCUCCUCCUCGUGUCAUCCCGCCAUCUCGGUCACGACCUCAUGCUCGACUCACUCGGAGACAGCUGAGACGCCCGGCGCCUCGUCUCAGCACAACCAAGGAGCUGCUCCGCCUGCAGGUAAGGUGACGAAGCCCAGGCUGAAGAACCCUAGCAAGCGGAGGCAGAGUGCCAGCGAGAAGGAGAAGCUGAGGAUGAGGGACCUGACCAAAGCCCUCCAUCACCUCCGCACAUACCUCCCUCCCUCAGUAGCUCCUGUCGGGCAGACCCUGACCAAGAUCGAGACCCUUCGCCUCACCAUCCGCUACAUCUCCCACCUGUCAGAGCAGCUGGGCCUCAGCGAGGAGAUCCUCUCCCAGAGAACUAAAUCAGCGCAGAGUCAGGGCUGCUGUCCGCACAGCUCAGCGCCAGGGUACCAGGGAGGAGUUCAGGAAUGGAGACCCCAUGCGCAGCAGCAGCCGGAUCCAUUUACACCCCGCUGUUCCCCGCAGCUCCCCAAACUGGACCACUGCAUGUAUGCAACUGUGCUGAGAUCACCUGUGCAGAAUGAUCUCUUCAGCACAGGCUCAGAUUCCAUUCUGCAGCUCCCCUGUUCCACAGUACCUUCACAGCCAUCUCAGGUAUACAGCAAAGGCUUCCACUGUGACACUGUUGCACAUGACUUUUGGAUUUUGGAGCAAGCUUUACAAUAA